AUGGCGAAGCUCAAGCUGGCCGAGGAAAGGGAGAUCAACAUCCUCGCAUUCGGGAAUUCGCUGACAGAAGGGUACACUGAUUGGGGCAUGACUCUCCAUCCCUAUGCCAUCGAACUUCGCAAGACCCUGUCGGCAGAAUAUCCCAAUCGCAAUGUCACGGUUGACGUGAAUGGGCAAAGCGGCGACUUCGUCAUUUCUUCCUUUGGUGGCAACUUCUUCACGCGACUCCAGAGCUCCUAUGAGAAGCUGGCUGAGAAAGGCAAAUCCUAUGAUCUCGUCAUCGCGUUGGGCGGAACCAAUGACCUGGCCAUGGCGUCCUACGAUGAGAAGGGACCGGAGAAAAUAUUCGCGGCCCUGAAGCUGUGCUAUGACUAUAUUCUACAGGGAGGUUCAUCAUUGCUUGUCUUGACAGUCCCGGAACGAUCCUUGGACACGGAGAAGGAUGGGAAGUUCAAGCAUAUGAUAAGUAGCCGGCUACGACUAAACGAACUGCUCAAAGAAUAUGUCACAUCGCAAGCUUCUGCCUCUCCGUCCAAGGUGUUCAUGAUGGAUCUUGCAGCAAUGGUCCCUUUCCCUGUCGUUGCGAAAGACGAUGAUAACUUCACCUGGGACUACCAACUUUGGUCUCCUGACGGACUUCAUAUGUCGACUCUCGGCUACAACUUUGUGGGGGGAGAACUGGGAUCCCUUAUCCAGCAAUUACUCAGUGAAGAGAAACCUGAAGAAGAGUAG